AUGGCCGAAGAUCAAGCACCUGUUCACUACGAGGAUCUCGCUCUUCUCGAGACUCAAUUCGACGAAGUCGAUCGCGAGAUUNUGUACCUCUCACUUCCAUACCUUACUGGAAUGACUACUGACGAGCAUCUAGUGGCCAAGCAGUACAUCCUCAGCGCUCCUCUGUACGCCAAGCGUCAAGAAGUUGUGUCAAAGAUUGAGCACUUCUGGCCUCUCGUCUUUGAGCAAUCUCCUCCCGAUGUCGACCGCUACAUUACCCCCAACGAUGCCAACAUCUUCGCAAAGCUGAAGAGCCUCGAUGUCAAGCGCUUUGAGAUCCCCAUGGGUCCCGAGAAGAUCGAGGGCGAAGCUGGUGACCCGCGCAGCAUUGCUAUCCGCUUCGAGUUUGACGAGAACGAGUACUUCUCUAACUCUGUCCUCGAGAAGAAGUUCUGGUACAGAAGAUCAAAGGACGGCUGGGCUGGCCUUGUCUCUGAGCCCGUCAAGAUCAACUGGAAGGGCGAAGAUCCUACCAAUGGUCUUACCGAUGCUGCCUUUGCUGUUUUCGAGGAACGCAAGAAGGCUGGUGACAUGAAGAAGAAGGGCUUUGCCGCUCACAAGAAGCUUCUCAGCUUGAUUGAGAACAACAAUGUUGACAACACCUCCUUCUUCGCUUGGUUCGCCUACGUCUCUGCCACUCGCUACGUUUCGGCUGAGGAGUCAGCCCAGGCCAACAAGGAGUACAAGGAGCGUCAGGACAAGAGAUCCAAGGGCGAGAAGGUUGACAGCCCCGAGCCCGAGGAGGAGGACAUGGCCGACAUGUCUGGAGACGAUGAAGUCCACCCAGAGGGUGAUGAGCUCGCUCAGCUCAUCGCUGAGGACGUCUGGCCCAACGCCAUCAAAUACUUCAGUAAGCACAAGCUACCUAUUGUGGCUGCAAACAUGCUUAUCUUUAUACAGCUCNAAGCACAAGAGAUGGAAGAAAUGUCUGAGAUGGAUUUCGAAGACAUGUCCGACGAGGACGAUGAUGAGGACGGCCCAAUUGACCUCAGAGCGCUGGUUGGCAAGGGCAAGCCUAAGACCAAGCCCUCCAAUGACGCCGAUGAGCCGCCCAAGAAGAAGCAGAAGAAAUAA